AUUAAAAAAACAUUCUCAAGCUACUGUAACUUUUCCAAAAUCCUAAUCCACUUCUCUGAUUCUCUCACACAAUCAGACAUUUUUUGAGUGACAUUGAGCUUCACUGUAUUCUGAUAUCCAAUUGAACCAUGGCGGAGGCUAUGGAUGAUUCCCGGGACAUCGAGAAGCUGUACGAGUACGGAGAAAAGCUCAACGAAGCCAAAGAUAAAUCCCAGGGUCGGAAGGAUUACGAGGGGAUAAUCGCUGCGGCAAAUGGCAGCGUGAAGGCAAAGCAGUUGGCAGCACAGAUGAUACCAAAGUUUUUCAAGCAUUUCCCUGAGCUUGCUGAGCAAGCCUUAGACCAGCAUAUCUCUUUGUGCGAGGAUGAGGAGCUUGGGGUCCGCGUACAAGCUAUUCGCGGGCUUCCUCUAUUCUGCAAGGAUACACCUGAACAUCUGGUGAAAAUUGUUGACAUCCUUGGUCAACUCCUAAUUGCUGGAGAUAAUGUGGAGCGUGAUGCAGUGCAUAAAGCCCUUAUGACUUUGUUGCGGCAGGAUGUCAAGAAAUUAUUCUCUGUUUGAAGUGAUUCUAACCAAGACGCAUACUUAUCUGUGCCCUUUGCCUUACACUGGCUGGCACCCUCUGGAUUUGGAACAUUUGUUUCCGCCUAGUACACCUCAACAUUUCAAGCACAACUCACAACAUUUGUGCCGAAAGUGGUUCUACGUCAUUACCCCAGUUAACGACAAUCCUUUUUGUGUUAUGAAUACUGAGAAAAUCCUUUAAGUGAGAGCAGACUCUGUAAGGAAGCAGUUCCUGGAUUGCAGAUCAUCACCAGCAUAUCAUCCUGGUGCAUAGGUCAUCAUCAGUUGGCAUCUUGAUUGGUGACUUGUAAAUUCGUCACAGUGUCAUCCUGGCAGAUAGACUGUCUGGUGCGUGUUAAGUGAUACCAUGUGCCUUGUGGUUCUUCCUAGGGUUGCUUAUCAGUUGUAUCAUGUCCUUUGCAAGUUAGGAUUAUUGUCCUUUAGAGCUUCUUAGAUUUGUGAUUUUCUGGAUAAGGUCCUAUUCUAAAGAUGAAUUUCUUCAUGGAAGAGGAAAGGUGUCAUUGGUUUCUUUUUGCAUUGGCCGUUAUAGAAACUUCUAUAUUUGUAUCAUUUGUCAUCUAUGGUCUCCAUUUACUCAACUAAGAAGGAUAGGAACUUCUUAGAGGGUUGGUGCAUAAAGUAAUAAAAAAAAAAGCAAGAUGUGGUGUCACGUAGUACUGAUUAUUUUUAAUAGGAUUUAUCCACACUGAUGUAUGGUAAUAUCUACCAAAGGUUUCUGGAAUUGGUUACUUGCACGGUGCAGGGGUUUUCAUUUCUGGCAAACUAUGAGCUUCUGUGCUAUGCUCGUUAAGGGGACGUAGUUUGUUGAUGGUGGGGCUUGCCACUGGAAAGUGAAAAGCCUUGGAGGAAGUUGACAUCUGGCAUAUUGGUCAUGAGGUGGCAGGUGGUAGGAGAAUCUUUAUAAUGCUACUUCGUGGGUGAUGAACUGUUGAGAAGUGGAUCCUUUUAUCUGCUUCUUUGCUGGAAAGUAUGGGUCCUCUUUGUCAUAAUGCAUGCAAUCUUUGGGAGUCCUGAUGUGAGAAGUCGGAUAGGAAUGACAAUGAAGAGGAGUUUUCUCAAAUGUAAUUGAAUGCCAUUGUAUGCGAUGAUCUGGUUGUUGGUAAACAUGUGUUCUAUGGACCAGGACAUAUGUUGAAGAUAAAAAUUUGUGUUUCUUCUAAUAUUCCCCUUCUAGCUAUGGGGCCCUGGACUUUUCUGUUGAAAAUUUGUGUGGAAUUCAUUUAAUAUGCAGUACAUCACGCCUCAUGAUCUUUCUAACAUCUGGGAUAGCUGAGGAGAGAAUCUGCCAGUUAUCUUUAUUCUAUCUGAAGCACAAUCUGACUUAUUUUUGUACUCGUCUGUCGGCGUAAGGUCAUAGUAAGAGCUUUCUCAUUAAUACCUUUUCAACACGUCUGUGUUAUGGAUAUCGGGAAAUCCCACUAUCAUUCACAUAGGCUGAUGCUUGGAUUGCCUGCUUCAUUAACAGCUUUAUUUAAGCACAUUGGCAGCACUGAUGAUCGAAAUGCAGAGGAUCUCAGUGCUUGGGAGGGCAUUCGGGAAAGAGUUAUGUGUUUUAUUAGAGAUAAGGUGUUUCCUCUUAAAGCUGAGUUGUUGAAGCCGAAAGAUGAAAUGGAGAGGCAUAUCACUAAUUUGGUGAAACAGGACUUGCAAGAUGUGACAGCUGCAGAGUUUAAAUUGUUCAUGGACUUCUUAAAAAACUUGAGCUUAUUUGGGCAGAAUGCUCCCGUUGAACGAGUUCAAGAGCUUGUUGAGAUUAUUGAAGGCCAGGCUGAUCUCGAUGCUCAAUUUAAUGUUUCAGACAGUGAUCACAUUGAUCGAUUUAUAUCCUGCCUACAAAUGGCGCUUCCCUUUUUCAUGAAGGGUGCAUCAUGCAGUAAGUUCUUCAAUUAUCUGACGAAGCAAAUUAUCCCUGUUUUUGACAAGCACUUACUAUCAGGAUGGAAUCACUCAGUUCAAUUGAACCUUGCCUUUGGUGGAAGCUUGCUACCUGAAGAACGAAAACUGGACUUGCUCAAGAACCUUGCUGAAUGUUCUCCAUAUACUAAACCACAAGAUUCAAGACAACUUCUUCCAUCCAUUGUUCAACUUUUAAAGAAAUACAUGGUCCGGAGAAAAAUUGAAGAGAUAAAUUUCACAUGUAUUGAGUGCUUGCUGUAUGCAUUUCAUCAUUUAGCUCACAAGACUCCCAAUGCCACUAAUAGCCUUUGUGGCUACAAGAUCGUCACCGGGCAACCUUCAGACAGGCUUGGGGAAGAUUUUUCAGAACAAUAUAAAGAUUUUACAGAGAGAUUGAGCACCAUCGAGGAAUUAGCAAAAGCAAUGAAUAAGAAAUUGACCCAGGGGAUGGCCGAGCACAAUAAAGCAGUGGCAGCUGCGAAGACGGAAGAGGAAAAAGAAACAAUUGUGGGUUUUUGCUUGCUAACAUUCAGUUAUACUGAUAGCCACAUUUCACUCAUUUAUUUUGUUCUGAAGCAGCAGAAGCAAAAAGCUACAGCAGGUCUUCGGACCUGCAACAAUAUACUUGCAAUGACCCAGCCUUUGCAUUCAAAAGCGCCUUCAUUUAUUGGGGACCAGAAAAAAAUCAACUUAUCUUGGCGAGAAGUACCUAAAUCAGCACCAACUUCUGGUGUUGUACCUAAAGCAGCACCAACUUCUGGUGUUGUUACUGCCCCAGGUAAAAAACGAAGUGCGAAUUCAGCUAAUGGGUCGGGAACAAAUGCAGCAAAGAAGGGUCGAGGGGCAGGUGGUGUACAAAACCAACUUGUUAACAGAGCUUUUGAAGGAUUAAACGACAUAAGAAGUGGUGGAAGAGGGAGAGGCUGGAGGAAUCGUGUCGCUCUGUGA